CGCAUGCGCACAAAAAGGUGCUGGAGAAAAACAACAACAUUCAUUGGAACAAGGGUGGAAUCUAUGGCAGUGCGAGACGACACCAGAAUUCACUGAUCUAAUCCACAUCUGAGCCCCUUUCACUUCGGCUUAAUCUGUAGAUGGUGUCGAGCCCAUGAACCUGGCCAGUCAGAGCGGAGAGGCCGGCUGCAGCCAGCUGCUCUUCGCCAACUUUAAUCAGGAUAACACAUCCCUAGCUGUUGGUACCAAGUCCGGGUACAAGUUUUUCUCCUUGUCAUCAGUGGACAAAUUGGAACAAAUUUACGAAUGUACUGACACAGAAGAUGUGUGCAUCGUGGAGAGAUUGUUCUCCAGCAGCCUUGUCGCUAUUGUCAGCCUUAAGGCACCUAGGAAGCUGAAAGUCUGUCAUUUCAAGAAAGGGACUGAGAUAUGCAACUACAGCUACUCAAACACUAUACUGGCUGUAAAGCUAAACAGACAGAGACUGAUAGUGUGUUUAGAGGAGUCACUCUAUAUCCACAACAUUAGGGAUAUGAAAGUACUACAUACCAUUCGAGAGACCCCUCCGAAUCCUUCCGGACUAUGUACCCUGUCAAUCAGUAAUGACAACUGUUACUUGGCCUAUCCGGGAAGUGCAACAAUUGGAGAACAAGUUUUUGACACUGUCAAUCUGAGGGCAGCUAACAUGAUACCUGCCCAUGAUAGUCCACUAGCAGCACUGGCGUUUGAUGCAAGCGGCACUAAAUUGGCCACGGCAUCUGAGAAGGGCACUGUAAUCCGAGUGUUCUCCAUUCCAGAGGGCCAAAAGCUCUUUGAGUUCCGGAGGGGAGUUAAGAGAUGUGUGAGCAUCUGUUCUGCCUUCAGUAUGGAGGGACUCUAUCUGUCUGCCUCGAGCAACACGGAGACAGUUCAUAUUUUUAAGCUGGAGACCCAGAGAGAGAAGCCUCAAGAGGAGCCUACUACUUGGACGGGAUACUUUGGGAAAGUAUUGAUGGCCUCCACAACGUAUCUGCCUGCACACGUAACAGAGAUGUUCACUCAAGGAAGGGCAUUUGCCACAGUCAGACUGCCCUUUUCAGGUCACAAGAACAUCUGCGCUCUGGCCAUAAUCCAGAAGAUCCCACGCCUGCUGGUGGCUGCAGCAGAUGGCUAUCUUUACCUGUACAACUUGGACCCACAGGAGGGGGGAGAGUGCACACUAAUGAAACAGCAUAAGUUAGAUGGAAGUGCAGAGGCAGCGAAUGAAAUUCUUGAACAAACCGCUCACGACCGGCCACUUGUGGCACAGACCUACAGUGCUGCUGUUGCCAAAGGUUACACUGAGGAUCAGGGGGCGGUGGGGGGUGCUGGACUGGAGGAUGACAUGAACACCCUGCACCUGGACGAAGAGAACGAGCAGCCUCCGUUAAUCCUGGAAACAGACUGAGCUGCUGCCAGUCAUGCCCUGGAUGGAAGAUGGAAGCGACUGAGUGACAUUGCAGAGGGGGGUUCCCUCCUCUGGUGCUGCUAUGUAUGGACAUGUGUGACCAGAUAGAGAAAGGGAUUAAAAGAGAGAUCAUUUUAAAGCAAGCCUAGCUGUAGCCUUAUUCUGUCUGUUGUUGCGUAUAGAUGUUUCCUUUCCCCCACCCUUGUGGCUUUAUAAAACCUGGUGAAUUUUUAUUUUGUUUCCCUACCUGUUUUUUAAUGCCCAGUUAUGUCCUUAAUCAGACCAAAAUAUGAAAUCCAAGCUGCAGGUGUCACAUUUCUUAGCUUUGCAUGUACAUGUGCCAAGAAUAGAAAUCCUAGAAAACCUUUGCUUUCAUGUAGAUGGUUCUGAUGUGUUUGCUGGCCAUUUCUCCUCUUGAACAUUUCCAUUUGUGUCUGUUUUUUAAUUGUGACUGAAAGCGAACUGGCUUGCGCCGCCUGCUACAUCACCACACAGCUGUGCAGUGUCUGCAUUGUGGAGUCCCUUACCAAUCAUCAACAUCUGUGGCAAAUGUGAAUAUUGUCCUGUAAUAAUGUAUAUGAUGUGUUAACAUGACGGCCUGGUUACAAUUACUGUUUGAACAGUGUUUUUAACAGGCUCAGAGGGUUGUUUUUAGUUUGAUCUUGAAUUACUGCAUCUGUACACGCACAUGCUUUACAAUACUCUCUUUUAAUUAAUCCUAUGCCACAUUAAGGUUAAACAGGCAAUGUGGCGAUCAAAACUUUGUUUGGCUUUGAAUUACACCUCGUGUCUUCAUCCGGCCUGAUUGCUUUGAAAAAGUUGUAUUAUUUUAAGUUCCUAACACUUAAGUAACCUCUAUAGUAGAACUGAUGACUGAUGAAGGCAUUUAAUGUAUUGAUUUGAGAAGGACCUGGCCUCUGCUGAAUGUGGUUUCAAGAGGCAGCCGGUCAUCAACUUGUUUCUAGAACAUUUUGUUUGAAACUUAAGGAAUGAAUGAAGGAAGUUAGUAGAAGUCA